AUGUUCAGGGAUGAAGGAGAGAGGCGAGAGGAGUUUGCAAAUCCAGUGGGAACAAAAGGAAAAAAACUACCAGCAAAUGACAGCAAGGCUUGCCCAACUUCGCCAUCUUCUAAAAUUCAAGACUUUCUUCCCAAAGGAGAUCAGAAAGAAAAAAUAAAAGUGGAAAGUGUGGAAACCUUUGAAGGAGGCUUAGAUUUAUGUGAGCAGUACCCAGUUCGAACUAAAGAAGAGAAUACAUGCCAAGAGGACGAAAAACAUUACAAUAAUAUCCUUUCUAAACAUGGAAAAACCAAUGUGGGAAAUAAACCCUACAAAGAGACCAGGAAACCUUUCAGUCAGAGCAGUUCCCUUGCUCCAGAUGAAAAGAUCAAUUCAGGGGGGAAACCAUAUAAAUGUAUGGAAUGUGGAAAGAGUUUUGGCCAGCGUAGAUACCUUACUUCCCAUAAAAUAAUCCACACGGGGGAGAAACCAUUUAGGUGCAUAGAUUGUGGAAAGAGCUUUAACCAUAAGGCUAAUCUUAAUUCUCACAGAAUGAAUCACACAGGAGAGAAACCGUAUAAAUGUGGGGAGUGUGGAAAGAAUUUUACCCAUAACUUUCAACUUACAUCCCAUAAGAGGAUACACACCGGGGAGAAACCGUACAAAUGCGGGCAAUGCGGAAAGAGUUUCAACCAGCGCAGUAACCUUAAUUCUCAUAAAAAAAUCCACACCGAGGAAAAACCGCAUAAGUGCACGGAGUGUGGAAAGAGUUUUACCCAGAAGGGUAACCUUAAAUCCCACAAAAGGGUCCAUGUCGGGGAGAAACCUCAUAAAUGCAAGAAGUGUGGGAAGGCAUUCCAUUAAAAACGGGUCCCUUAACUCUACCCAGAAUGAUCCACACGGGAGAAGCCACGUAAAUGCUUGGAACGUGGAGAGAAAUUCUGCAAAAAUCCACGAAACCAUCAAUUCAGAGGUCCGGGGCUUCAGUAGUGUCCACUUCCAGGGACAAUAAUGGGCCCAAAGAGAUUUCCACCUGCCUACACUACCUUUGCCAUCAAGUGGCUGAAUCCAGGAACACAACCACAUUUUCAGAUGCUGUACCUGGUGCACCUGGAACUUUUAAAUAA